CGCACCAACCACCUUUUAAAAUACGAGAUGAAAAAAACGAAGAAGAAAAUGAAGUGGAAGCGGUAGCAAAAUGCGCUGUUGCCUUUUAAGUGUUUAGUUUCGUGCCGUGGCGCUUAACUAAGCCAUGGCACUUUUUGAGUAGGCUCUUAGGAUGUUUAUAACAUUGUGUUACAUGUAUUUGUGGGUGCGCUUCCACAAAUGCUAUUCAGUGCUGAUUCGCAGCAGACUGUCAGCACCGAAGAGCGACACAAGCUUGAGCUUCAUUUGCUCAGCUUCGCCCAACUCUGCGCCUCCACGCCGACGAAGUCCUCUGUCUCCUGGGGACAACAUAUUUCUGCAGCUGGGAGACAAAGCAGUCACUUUAACUGAACUUCAGGUAUGCGAUGACCUCAUCAAAUGGACUGCUUUGCCGGGAGCCUCUGUCGUUUGCGGUCAAGACCGUGAGAAUAUUUCAUUCAUCAUAGAAGCUGCUGGACACAAUGGUGACCGUGACGCAUCAAACAAGAAAGUGUUAAACUGGUCGGACUUCUGCAUACCGCUGGCUUGCAGCCCUGACAAGCCCUUCAAGGCGGUGGCUCAGGCCAGUGUCGAUAAUUUCAGUCGCCUCGGUGUAGCUUUUUUAGAGGAUCGACUACAACUGGAUAAAGGACUUGUGCCUUCAAAGAUUGUCCCGGUUGUUCUCCAAAAAUCCACUGUAAGUGAGCUGAUCCAACGCCCUGAGGAGGCCGUAAUGCUGUGCCAAACCCAUGCUGUAAACGUUCAGCGUUGCCCUAGUCACAUGACAACACACCUGCAUCACCCUCAGCACUGUGACUCACAACUCACAGCAGAGAAGACAUCAGAAGAACAAAGAGGAUCGGGACAAAGCUGCGUCUCCGACGACGAAGGUCCUGACUCUGAGGAGCACAUGGAGAACCACGGGCAUCAUCUCCAUCUGUCUAGCUGCCAUGAAUGUCUGGAGCUAGAGAAUAGCACUAUUCUCUCAGUAAAAUAUGCCUCAGCAGAGAACGUUUCAGAGUAUGGCGACUCCUUACUUCUGGAUGGUGAUGAUGACUCUUUGGAAGACUUUGAACAUGACACCAAAAGCUGUGACCAGUACAAGAAACCUCCAAAUGUUCUCGUGCACACAAAUGGCAGCAAAGAGCGUUUUCAUACAGUUCGUCAGGUUUUAACUGAGUGUCUAAACGUGGAAAAGUACACUAUAUAUCCCCUGGAGCCGCAACAGGCUUUAAGUGAACCCUGGAUGGAAAGUACAAAACUCCUGGUGCUCGCAGAGGAAGAAGUUCUCACUCCCCAGCUUCAAAAACAAUUUCUGAACUACCUGAGCCAGGGUGGAAAGGUCCUAGGGCUCGCAUCCUCCCUCUGCCCUACAGGGCUCUCACUAGAAAAUAGAGAGUGCUCUUACGGGCAAGUGCGGAGGCUGCGCUUCACACAAAAGGACGACACAGAACUUGAAUUGAGUGUGUUGGCAAGCGGGAAGGCUUAUGUCUGCAAUGUCCCUGGGCAGGGAAAAAUUGAGCUAUGGGGGGAGCUCAGAGAUGUUCCUCAUCAAAAGGAUGUGGUUAUUGUCAGUGUAACACCCGGAGAGCACGGAGGGGAAGCUGUCAUGUGUCAGGUUCACCUGGAAAAAGCUCCGGCAACUGAAGAGUUUGAUAAUUUACAAAUCAACAAUGCACUACAUCACCAGGUCUUGGCAGAGAUCCUGCGCUCUCUUGGCCUUAGUUGUCAGCAAAACCAAACACCAGCAGCAAGUCCAGUUUACCUUCUGGCGACAUCUUGGGAGGCCAAAGAUAAGUUUCUGCAGUGGCUAAAGUCAUAUACCGAUGAAAAUGGCCUCAUCCCAAUGUCAAAGGCGUCUCUCAGGAUCACAGCCAGUUCUGAUCUACAGAAUUGUGCUUUUCAGCACGAUGGUUCUCUUUCCCUGAUCACCAGCUUCCCUGAGACACAGACGUGGGAGCCCUUCUGUUCGGAAACCUAUUGCAGUAACCUGAAAACGAGUCGACUGGGACAUACAAUGCUGUAUGCCGAUGUAGUUACUUCGACCAUGGACCUGGUAGAAGGGUUUAACCACCAUUUACCAGAUGACGCUGGUUUAAUUGUGAUAGCAGGGCAACAAAGUAAAGGAAAAGGUCGGAGGAAAAAUGCCUGGCUCAGCCCUCUCGGAUGUGCCAUGUUCACACUGUGUGUGCAAGUGAAGCUGAGCUCCAGACUUGGACAGAGGAUUUCUUUUCUGCAGCACCUGGUGGCGCUUGCUGUAGUCGAGGCUGUGUGCACACUUCCCGGAUACCAGGAUAUUGACCUAAAAGUAAAGUGGCCCAAUGACAUCUACUACAGCAACCUGACCAAGCUUGGAGGAGUUCUAGUGACUUCUACUGUAAUGGGUACAACUUUUCAUCUACUAAUAGGCUGUGGUUUCAACGUGAGCAACAGUGAGCCAACAGUGUGCAUCAACGACCUGAUCCAUCAGUACAACAUUCAGCAUAAUUGUAACUUGCGGCCACUGAGCAGUGCGCAGCUUAUUGCUUUGACUGUUAGCUGUCUGGAGGCCCUCAUAGACUGCUUUCAACAGGAAGGCCCAGAGGCUGUCCUUCCAUUGUACUACAAGAGAUGGCUUCACAGUGGGACUUGUGUGCGGCUGUGGAGGGAGGAUGGACCUGAAGCUGAGGUGGUGGGUCUGGAUAGUAAUGGCUUUCUUCAAGUCCACAGCAAAGAGCAGGGUGUCGUUUCACUGGAGCCCGACGGAAACUCUUUUGAUAUGCUGAAGAACCUGGUGGUCGUCAAGCAGCAUUAGAAACGUAUCCAGAAUGAUCAUUGCUUCAUUUUUUGCUUAGGUAAUAUUUGAUUUGUUCACACAGGGCAGGAUGUUUUAUUUACAAUCUGUUAUGCGCUACUGAUUAUGUGACACCUAUGUUUUUUUUGUUUUUGUUUUGCUUUGACAAAGCCAAUUAUUGGAACAGGUUAUUUGUGCGUAUGCAUUGAUUGCUAAUGGUAGCCAAUCCUUAAGGGUCAUGAUACAAUAUAUUUUUUUAAAACCCCUCAUCAGAUUCCCUGAUUUUUGAUGAUGGUGCAUCAAGUCUGUACCGCAUAAAUUAGGUAAAAUAUAUGAAGAUAUUGAUAUUUUUACAGAUUCUAAUCACCCGUGCAAUCAUGUCCACUAGGCAGACCCUCCAGUAAUUCGCGAUCUUGCCAUAUCACGCAAAAUCAGCCAAUCCCAGCAAAUUAUGCAACCUCACAUUUUGACCGUCAUUUUCACCAAUCAAAUGUAUUCCUGAGCAGCAUUUAAAUUCACACAUCAACCACCUAAUCAAAACUUUGGUUUGUUUCUUGUGUCGACAAACAAAAAUCAUCGCUGUCGAACACGCUCGACAGUUUCGUAAUGUUCCCAAAUGAAGCGGUUGUAAAAUGAAAGGUAUAUAAUCAAAAAGCACUUUUCAACACUAAAAUACACUGAGAAUGUCGGAAACUUGUGUAUGACAGAAAGCAAUAAUGAAGCCUUUGGUGGUGUUAUAAAGCAGUCAUUUGGCAGUCUUUUUUUGUAGGGAUUUU